AUGGCUAGGCUGGGCUCGGUGGUGCGGUGGUGCGGCGGGUGGAGGGAGCGGCGGGCGCGGCGGCAGAAGCAGCUGCGCCUGCGGCGGCAGCACGGCGGCGGCACGGUGUGGCUCGGGCGGCGGCGCAGGAGCUGCGGCCGGCUGGCCGUGUCGCGGCUGGUGCGGUGGCGGCUCGUCGCGGAGCUGCUGCGGCCCAUCAGGAAGGCGCUGAUGGAGAUGGUCGCAGGAGCGGCGUUGGCUGGGUCCGGGUCCGGGUCCGCCCCCGGCCGCCGGCAGCUGGUUACGCUGCCGCAGCUCAAUUUCCCCUUCGUCGGCACGCUCACGCUCCCGGCCAUCGCUUAG